CGCUUGGUCCCUGCAGGCUCUUGGAGAGUCUGGGCGCCUCUUCUGCGGCUUUCGGUGCAGAGCCGGCCGUGCACCUAGCUGCAUCUUCACGAGCACUGCCUUCCUCCUCCUCCUCCAGUUAGGGGACUAGCCAUGCUGCACUGGGGAUACGAUGAGGACAACGGACCUUCUCACUGGAAGGAAGUUUUCCCCAUUGCUAAUGGAAACCGUCAAUCUCCUAUUGAUAUCCGAACUCAGGACACGAAAUAUGACCCCACUCUGCGUCCUCUCAGGCCUAACUAUGAUCCUGCUUCUGCUAAAGUCAUUCUUAACAAUGGACACUCCACUAGUGUAGAAUUUGAUGACACUGAAAACAAAUCAGUGCUGAGUGGGGGUUCACUCACUGGAAACUAUAGGCUGCGCCAAAUUCAUUUCCAUUGGGGCCCCAGUGAUGACUUUGGCUCUGAGCAUGCAGUGGAUGGAACAAAAUUCGCAGCAGAGCUUCAUGUGGUCCAUUGGAAUGCAGAAAAAUACUCCAGUUUCGUUGAGGCUGCUCGCCAGCCAGAUGGAUUAGCAGUCAUGGCUGUUUUCUUAAAGGUGGGUGAGUGUAACUCACAGCUGAAGAAAAUCACAGACCUUUUAGAUGCAAUUAAAGUUAAGGGUAAGCAGCGCACGUUCACCAACUUUGACCCCUCCUGUUUGCUCCCUCGUUCCCUGGACUACUGGACUUAUCUUGGGUCUCUCACUGUUCCUCCUCUUCUUGAAAGUGUCAUCUGGAUUGUUCUCAGAGAGCCUAUAAACAUUUGCUCUGAACAGCUGGCAAAAUUCCGCAGCAUCCUUUGUACUGGUGAUGGAGAAGUCGCCUGCCGCAUGCUGAAAAAUUUUAGACCCCCACAGCCUCUAAGGGGCCGGGAAGUGAGAAGAAACUAAAGGAGGAGCAAAAGCAAAGAUGAUCCAUUAUAACUGAGGCAUUCUUUAGGAAGGCUAUCUUAUGUUGUUUUGUGGGGGGUUUUGUGAGUGAUUUUAAAGAUCAAGAUACCUUAUACUUUAGGACAUGAGUCAGCCAAUAUUAUUGUCAGUUGUAUUUUUUUGCUGGCAGUGAUUUAAGCAUGUGCUUAAUUUUCCCACUGAAAACAAUAGGACUAUAAAUUCUGGAUUGUGCCAUAAGUUUUAACAGAUAAGUAGUAUUUUAGCUCAGGUGUUUUAAUGAAUAGGUACUAUUUUAUUGCUGUUGAGCUAUGGCAGGCACAUAUUACAUAUUACAAAAAACAGAGUUUGAAUUAUGCACAAUAAAGUUAGGUACUAUUGCACUGUAAUUUAUUAAGAUAUAGUCCUUUGAGCAAAAUGGAGUUCAGAGUUAUAGCACUUGAGCCAGUGUUCUGUUCUGUGGCCUUAAUGAAUGCAUCGUAGGAUUCAAGUAUGGUGGUGAUUGGCUAAAAGUCAAUUGGAAAUGGUUUAGAAGGACAGAGUUAAGUGAUCCCUUUCAGUCCUUUCCAUCUUCUUGUGAGUCCAAGUGGCUUUUCCCAAAGACCUUUGGGAGUUGCAGAUUAAACUUUCUCUACUGGUGCCCUGAGGCAUCUCUUUUGACUCUGUAUUUGAGGGAAAGUAAAUAAGAUGUUCCUAAAUAUCUUCCAUUGUCUGUAGCUAAGUAUUAUGUAUGUUUUAAAUAUGGUAAAGAUAGUUAAAAGCCCUCAAAGUUUAUCCUUUUUGCCCCACUUGUAGGGGAGCCUCAUUUUUGUUUUAAUCACCAACUGCCAUCAGAAUAGUUUGAACAAAGUCUUGAAGGCGCAGCGGCACCCAGUGGCUGCAACUGUACUUUGCAGUCAGAAAUUGGGCAGUGAGCAAGAUUUGUUCUCAGAUUUUCAGUAACAGAACAGAGGCCUCAAACAAGAGGCCUCAAACAGGAGACAUGUGGAUGCUUUUGACACAGAUAUCCCCUGCAUUUCCCCAGUAACAUGUAGCUGGAAACAAAACACACACACACACAUCGUGGAACUAUUAUGUUAGUUGUUACCCAUUCCCUGUAAAUGCCAGUCAUUGAAGUGGGAGGAGAUUAUUCUUCAAUGAGGAUCAGUGUUUGGGAUUUAUUUUUCAGCUACGCAUACUGAGGAGAUACAGGGAGUGGUAUCCAUACGUUUUCCUCUUAAUUUGUAGUUUGGACAUGAGAAUAGGCCUGAUUGAAUGUUGGCAAGGUAGAAUUGUGUAUAUUCUGCUGAGUACAUAGAACAGACAUGGAAAUAAUAUGGAAUGAUGGAGAUGAUGGUUGGAUGUGGCAUGUCUUUUUUUUCUCUCCUACACCCCCUUUCCCUCCCUUUAACAUGGAAUUGUACCUAUUAUUUAAGUUUUGUCUGAUAAGCUUGUGUGGUGUCAGAGACCAAAUGUUUCCUGUAAUUACUUUGAAGGAUUAAGAAUUGUUGCCUCAGAAGAGGAAGCAGUAAGGUUUGAGUUGAGCUGAUGGAUGUUCUCAUAUUAGAAAUGCAGGAAUGGGGAGCUAUGUUCUAAUUUAUUAGCAAUAAAUUUAAAAAAUAUAUUCUGUAAUGUUAUAUUUAUGUGUUAAAGUCAAUAAAAACAAAUUUUCUGAA